GAUAUAAAACCUAACCAACCAAAAUUAACCAAAACAUUUUUCUUUGAAUGUCUAUAAUUUUAUUAAAUUAAUUUGCACCUUGCUUUAAAUAAUGUCCGGUGGGUUACCCAAAUCAAUGUUUCCAAGAAACACCUGGAUAACAUAUAAAUGUCUGUACCAGUACUGUAGAAACAUGAGUGUAGCGACAUCAGGUGUAGUGAAAUAUGAAGAUCCAGGAUUACAUCCAUCAACGGGUCAUGAGGAUCCAGGAAUACGUCCAUCUUCAGGAAACAAGGAUUUGUCUUCUGUAACUCCUCACUUUCCUAACGCGUUCAAUAUUGCUGCAUAUGUAAACAGCUCAGAAACAUUGAAGAAACUCAUUGAUUUAAAUGUUGAUCUUAGUAAAAUUGAAAAGAAACCCUAUGUUGCGGUGAAACUGUUGAAAUUGGAUUUUGAGAAAGACAUGAAAGAACAUAUUAUUUUUCUGUUGGACCAUAUCACUGACCCUAACCUAUUAGGACCCUUUAUAACUAAGAAUCCAUUGAUUUUUAACGAAUCUAUCAUAGAUUUAGAAGUAAGGGUUAACUACUUGGUAUCUAAGCGAUUUUCAAAGAACCAGAUAAAUCAAAUAGUUACCAAAAAUCCAUAUUGGUUAAAUUUCAGCACAAUGAGAAUUGAUAGGAGACUAGGAUUUCAUCAAGACCAUUUUAAGUUGACUGGUGAUGAAGUCAGACAACUUACUGUUACACAGCCAAAGAUAAUUACCUAUAAUCUACAGCAUAUUAAAACAAACUCCUUUGCCAUAAGAGAAGAAAUGGGAUUUGAUGACAAAGAAAUCAAAGCAUUACUUUUAAAAAAGCCAAAACUUUGGCUUAUGAAUCAAAUAUCAUUAUUGCACCGGUUUAAUCUUAUCCACAAUGAAUUGGGAAUAUCACACAAAACAAUACUUCAAUACCCACAGAUAUUGGAGUGUAGAAAAUUUAGAAUUAAACAACGUCACUCAUUCUUGGAAAAAUUAGGAAGAGCUCAAUAUGAUCCCACAAAAGAAAAUUUUGUACCAAUAAUGGCUCUUGCGGAGGGAACUGAUACAGAUUUCUGUAAAAAGUAUGCAAAAUGUAGUGUCAGUGAUUAUAAUUUAUUUCUUAAAACUUUAUGAGCAUAUUAACCUGCUUUACCUAAUACAAUUUUGUUAUGAAAUGCAUUCAAUGAGUGAUAUAAAAGAGCAUCCACAAUCCCAGCUACUGUAAAAACUCCUCCCACUAUUGCACAUAUGUUAGUAGCUAAAUGUCCAAUGGAUCUGUAAAUAAAAUAAAUAACAUUAUACUUAAGUAUA